AUGCUGCUGAUGUAUUCGUACAAUUUACAAGGCAAUCUCAAUCCGUCCAUAUCGUUCGGUGGUCGUUGGUGCCAAAUACGCACUUAUCUUGCUCAUGUCUGUUUUUGUGCUUUGUAUUAUUCCUUCGUUUUGCAAGCAAUGUUUCGGUUAUUUAGAAUAGUAUUUUAUAGACAUAAAGUUUUUCAAUCAUUUGGUGUCUUUUGUAUCGCUGUGUUUCUACAAUGGGUGAUCUCGUUUCUAUGGAUUCUUCCAAAUCUUUUACUAGGUGAUUUUCAGUAUCUUCAGAUGGAAUACAAUUGUUGGAUCAGUUUUGAAAAUCUUCGUGGACUCAUCAUGGUUACUGUGACUAUUUUCAACAAUCCUCUCUCGAUUAUCUUUACUAUCUACACACAAAUCAUUCGAUAUACUCGUCGCUCGAGCGAAAUGCAACAACAACGACGGCAACAUUCGAAUAAAAGAGACUUGCUCAUUCUAAAACGUAUCGUAAUUCUCAUAUUCAUUAUUGUUGGAAUAGGUUUACCCACAGUUAUCAUUGUGAUAAUAUACAUCUGCACGAAAUAUGUUGUUGCAUUUGCUUAUCACAUUCAAGGAUUAAGCAUAUCAUUGGGCGUAUUCAUUGCAUCGAUAUCGUUGAUAUUUAUUACACCACAAAUACAAGAAGUUUUCCAGAGUCAAGCCAGAGUUCAUCCUCAUGAAACUCGAAUGAUGACACUAGCUCAGCAGAACGUACAUCCUCUCGGUUACUAA